AGAAAUCAUUUGGAAGUGGUGAAGCUGAUGGCUGCUCCCGCCUGAUUGCGGUUGGAUUGUUUUCUAUAACACACUCUGCUCUGGGCUCUUGUUCCUUUGGUGAAAGUUGCGCUGGUUCUUGCUCACUGCAGCCACAAGCAGACGUUUAAAGCGACAGCUCGAUCAACUAAAUAACAGGGGCAACGCUCCUGAUCACUGGAGUCGGCUUUAAGAGCACGGUGGUGAGGGGAAUGUGCCUCACUCACCGUGUAAACUAGUUUAAACGGGGGAUUAAAGUGUAAAAGAAGUUGAUAUAUCUAGAUCCUUUUAGAGGUUUGCAUCCGACCGCUUCUGAUGCCAUCAAAAGACGUGGGAUAUUUAACGUGACCUUGAAAUUUACAACGUUUUACAAUUUUGGGUCUGGCUCAGUUUACUUUAAAGAGUUAAUCUGAUGGCGGGCUGCUGCGAAUGUUUAUUGUAAAAAGGUCAAAAGGUAAUUUGAAAAAAAAACAAGUGAGGCUAUUUGCACUUUAUACAUGCAGGAAAUGCAUCAUGUCCAGGAGGGGAUUGCUUUGUGACUGAAUACAACUCAGCUCUGUACCAUAGAUAACAAAGACUGGUAGCAUUCAGGAAGCAGCACAUUGAGCCUCCAUCCAGCGCUAUAGCUAACUGUGCCACACUCAGAUGAAAACAUGUUCCUGUUGAGACAGCUCACUCCGGUGUUUGUAUUCCUGAGUGCAGCCUCACUUUCUUGCGACCGUGGAUCUCCAGCUUCAUCCAUGCACAGCACGGGGAUUGUCUGCAGAUUUACCAAGGAAGCGGGUUUAGUAUUCAACCAAGAAACCAGUGAUGUGAUCCAGGCAGUAUUUCGUCAUGCUUCAUUCCCUAACAUAGAAGGGAAGAAAUCUGUUCUGCUUCUAGGCACAGUUUCAUAUAUUUUUAAAAAUUUGCAGAUAAACAACAUGUCCGUGGAAAAGAGUGACGCUGACCUUAGUGAUGAGAAAGGAAUCCUAAUCUCUAUCCAGGAUGUGGCUGUCGCCUUCAAGGGGACCAUGAACUAUGCAUACUCCAACUGGCUGUUAAAUCUAAAUCACUCACUGGAUUUUCAAAUUGAGUCCCAGACUGAUCUUAAUCUUGCUCUAACUUUAGCCUGUGACAAUGGGCGAAUUGCUGUAACCAUCUCCGAUUGUCUGCUGAACUUUGACAAGUUAGUUCUGAAAAUACAAAAGCACAAAGAGGCUAGCUGGAUUCAACGACUGUUCACAGAUUUUGUCUCUUUCACUUUGAGACAUAUUGUUAAAGGACAGAUCUGUACCGAAAUUCAUAAAAUGGCAAAUCUACUGGCAGACUUCACUCUGUAUCAAGCAGCACUAUUCAUACAAGAUGGGGAGAUUGCCUCAAGUAUCGAAUUAACCACUGACCCAGUAAUUACCUCAGGAUACAUUGAAUCACGGCACAAGGGUAGUGUUUCCUACAAGAACUCUUCAGUUUCACAGAAGCCCAGUGCCAUCCCAGUUGAGAGAGUGGAGACCAGAAUGUUUAAUCUCUGGGUCUCGGAGCCAGUGAUCAACUCUCUCCUUUUUGCAGCAUAUCAAGACGAUCGCCUGACUCUGAAGCUCACAGACAGUGAUUUGCUGAAACUUUUUGAGGAUGGAGGAUCUAAAAAUCAGCCGAACAUUUUACAGCAGAUGAUCCCUGGUGUUCCUAUGCGAAAUCUGAUGAUCAAACUUGGGCCUCUUAGACCGCCUGUCAUUCUCUUCAAGCGUCCAGGCACCAUUAUGCAGGCAUCUAUAUAUGUGGAAGUUGACGUGUUGUCCAGCAAUAAUGACUCACACAUCGCACUGUAUUUGGAAAUGGAUUCUGAAACUAUUGUCCUUGCAUCUUAUGCAGAGAGGAAAAUCCACCUGCAGCCCUCUUCUAGUCUCUGGGCCAUCAAAGUUGUAAACAGCAAUCCUGCGAUCACUCUGAAUGAGAAUAAAGCUAAGCGUUAUUUGGAGGCAUUUUUCUCAACAGGAGGACUGGAAAAGAUAAUCUCUUAUAUAGAAUUUUACGUAACAGCCCUGCUUGACAAAAAGGGAUUGCGCUAUUUUAACAUUACCAACACUCUGAUGGAGACAGAUGAGGGUUAUGUGACCAUCGCAACAGACUUUGGCUUUCCACGGCACUUACUAGAGAAUUUCCUCCAAAACCUCACGCCGAUGGCAAGGUCCUAAAUUCAGAAUAAAUGGUGAGGAUUGGUUGGAUGCGGAGCCAAUGAAAUGAGGGUUUGCAUUAACUUGGAAAAAAGACCUUGAUCUUUGUUCUGAAGAUAUGUUUAACUGAGUUUACCAAAUCAAUGAUUCACUGUUAUUACUCUGACAUGUUGUAUUCACCUAUGUUUGUCAAUGGCAUUUAAACAAGUAUUAUAUAAUUAAUUGCUCCAUAUCAUUCUGCAAAGUAUAAUGUGUUUUAUCUUGUAUGUUACUUUUAUCCCUUCAGUUCUAAUUCAUGAUAUCUUGUCAGUCCUCUCCUAUGUUACUACACUCAAUUUCCUGAUGGCUUCUUACACUAAUAAGAUGAUGUAUUUUCAA